AGGCCACAAAUAAACGAGCCCUAAAUAAACGAGGCCUAGUCUUCGUUCUCUAUCGGUCGGCCUAUUUAAACACGAUACAUCAUUACAUCUAUCUCUGUACACGAACUAGCUCUUAUUUGUACUGCAUAUAUUUCCGCAAUCGAGAUAUCUAAUCAAUUUCAAAGCGCCGUGAGCUUGCUUUCUAGGGUUUCCUAGAAUUACAGUUUCUAGGGUUUCAAUUCUUCCUUUCGAGAAAUGGCCGUAGUUUCAGAUGACGAAGAGGUGGAAUUGGAGGAAGAAGAAGAAAGAGAAGAGGAAGUUGAUCAGAGAGAAGAUCGCGACGAUGAAGAUGAAGACGAGGAAGACGAAGAAGGAGAAGAUGAAUACGAAAAGGAUGGGUUCAUUGUAGAUGAUGUUGAUGAGGAGGAACAACAAGAUGGAGAGGACGAAGGUGCUGAGAGUGAUGAAGAAAGGCAGAAGAAGAAGAAAAGAAAAAAAAGGGAAUCAGAGAAAAAUUAUGAACUUGACGAAGAUGACUAUGAGCUCCUACAGGAUAACAACAUCACCGUUCAUCGCCCAUCGGGAAGUAAAAAAUUUAAACGCUUGAAAAAAGCUCGGAAGGAUGUUGAGGAUGAUCAUUCUGGAUUUUCUGAUGAUGAUGAUUUUCAUAGCAGCGGGAAGGUUGGACGAACAGCAGAGGAGAAGCUCAAGCGUAGUUUAUUUGGUGAUGAGGGACCACAACUCGAAGACAUUGCAGAAGAAGAACACCCAGACGAAGAGGAAGAUGAACUUGAGGAUGUCGAUGAGAUGGCUGACUUUAUAGUUGACGAAGAGGAAGUCGAUGAAGAUGGAAUUCCUAUAAAGAGGAAGAAGGUAAAACAGAAAAAAUCUAGACAGGCUCCAGGAGUUUCAUCAUCAGCCCUGCAGGAAGCUCAUGACAUCUUUGGUGACGUUGAUGAGCUGUUAAAGCUGCGGAAGCUAGGAACAUCAAAGACAAGUAGCAGAUCUUAUGAUGACAGUGGUGAAUGGAAGGAACGGGGGCUCGGAGGUCAUUUUGAGCCGAGUGUUCUUUCUGAGAAGUAUAUGACGGAGCAGGAUGAUGAAAUUCGGGAAGCAGAUAUUCCAGAAAGAAUGCAGAUAUAUGAAAAAAGCACUGGGCCUCCGCCUAUAGAUGAGUCAAGUAUUGAUGACGAAAGUUUAUGGAUUUGUCAUCAGCUUUCCACAAACAUGUUUUAUCUGUUUGGGAGGAAUAUAUGGAGUACUGAAGAAGGUGGUCAUGAACUUUCAAUAAUUAAAGAAGACAUAAUGAGAUUUCUGGAGUUCAUGCACGUUCAAAAGUUAGAUGUGCCUUAUAUCGCUAUGUAUCGAAAAGAAGAGUGCCUAAGUCUAUUCAAGGAUAUAGACCAGCAUGACACUGAGAGUAAUAUGAACAAGGCUGACAAGAAGCCAGUUAUAAAGUGGCACAAGUUACUUUGGGCUAUAGUAGACUUGGAUAGGAAGUGGUUACUUCUCCAAAAACGAAAGAAUGCUCUACAGACAUACUAUAACAAGCGAUAUGAAGAGGAGUCCCGUAGCAUAUAUGAUGAGACUAGGCUAAAUUUGAACAAACAGCUGUUUGAAUCGAUUAGCAAAUCACUGAAGGCAGCCGAGUCAGAUCGAGAGGUUGAUGAUGUUGACUUAAAGCUCAAUUUGCACUUUCCUCCAGGGGAAGUUAGCGUAGAAGAAGGGAAAUAUAAGAGGCCAACACGAAAGUCACUUUAUACUAGUUGCAGUAAGGCUGGGCUAUGGGAGGUAGCUAAUAAGUUUGGCUAUAGCUCUGAGCAAUUUGGACUGCAGAUCUCUCUUGAGAAAAUGCGAAUGGAUGAAUUGGAGGAUGCCAAGGAAACCCCAGAGGAGAUGGCUUCAAAUUUUACAUGUGCGAUGUUUGAAACACCACAAAAUGUACUUAAAGGUGCUAGGCACAUGGCAGCAAUGGAGAUUAGCUGUGAACCAUGUGUUAGGAAACAUGUGCGUAGCAUUUUUAUGGAAAAUGCGAAAGUAUCAACUAGUCCUACACCAGAUGGGAAUGUAGCUAUUGAUACUUUUCAUCAAUAUGCGAGCAUAAAAUGGUUACGUGAGAAGCCACUAACCAGAUUUGAAGAUGCACAGUGGCUGCUUAUUCAGAAAGCAGAGGAGGAGAAACUUAUCCAAGUAACAAUUAAGUUGCCAGAAUCCGUCCUAAAUAAAUUAAUAGGUGAUGCUCACGACUAUUAUCUUAGUGACGGAGUCAGUAAAUCCGCUCAGUUAUGGAACGAGCAGAGGAAGUUGAUACUGCAGGAUGCAUUUUUUGUUUAUCUUUUCCCUUCAAUGGAGAAGGAAGCAAGGUCUUUGUUGACCAUCAGAGCAAAAAGUUGGUUACUUUUAGAUUAUGGAAAACGGUUGUGGGAUAAAGUUGCAGUGGCACCAUAUCAGCGGAAAGAAAGUGAUACAAACUCAGAGGAAGAAGCUGCACCAAGAGUUAUGGCUUGUUGUUGGGGCCCAGGAAAGCCUGCAACCACUUUUGUGAUGUUGGAUUCAUCUGGAGAAGUCUUGGAUGUGUUGUAUGCUGGGUCCCUCAGUAACCGCGGUCAAAGUGUUGAUGACCAACAACGCAAAAAGACUGAUCAGCAAAGGGUUUAUAAGUUCAUGACUGACCAUCAGCCACAUGUUGUUGUUCUAGGAGCUGUAAAUUUGUCCUGUGCACGGUUGAAGGAAGAUAUAUAUGAGAUCAUUUUUAGGAUGGUAGAAGAUAAUCCUAGAGAUGUUGGCCAUGAAAUGGAUGGUUUAAGCAUUAUCUAUGGUGAUGAAACCCUUCCGCAUUUGUAUGAGAAUUCUCGCAUUUCGGCGGACCAGCUUCCUUCACAGUCAGGUAUUGUAAAGCGUGCUGUUGCUCUCGGACGUUAUCUUCAAAACCCAUUAGCAAUGGUUGCUACAUUAUGUGGACCAGGGAAGGAAAUAUUAUCUUGGAAGCUUAGUCCUUUGGAGAGCUUUCUUACUCCUGAUGACAAGUAUGAGAUGGUUGAACAGGUCAUGGUAGAUGUGACUAAUCAAGUGGGGCUUGACAUUAAUUUGGCGGCAAGCCACGAAUGGUUGUUUUCUUCUUUGCAGUUUGUUUCUGGGCUUGGACCUAGAAAAGCAGCGUUUUUGAUGAAGUCCUUGGUAAGAGCUGGGUCUAUCUUUACAAGGAAAGACUUGUUGACAGCGUAUGGCCUUGGGAAAAAGGUUUUUGUCAAUGCAGCUGGUUUCUUACGAGUUAGGCGGAGUGGGAUGGCUGCUAGCAGCAGUCAAUAUAUUGAUUUGCUGGAUGAUACACGAAUACAUCCGGAAUCAUAUGGUCUUGCCCAAGAACUGGCCAAAGAUGUUUACCUGGCAGAUGUUCAAGAUGAAAUAAAUGACGAUGAAGAUGUAUUAGAGAUGGCAAUAGAGCAUGUAAGAGAGAAACCACACCUGUUAAAGACGCUUGAGGUUCAUGAGUAUGCUAAAUCUAAACAGUAUGAGAAUAAAUUAGAAACCCUCAAUAAUAUUAGGUUGGAGUUGAUUCAAGGUUUCCAGGAUUGGCGAAAGCAAUAUGCAGAGCCAACUCAAGACGAGGAGUUUUACAUGAUAUCUGGGGAGACCGAGGACACCAUAGCAGAAGGAAGAAUUGUGCAGGCAACAAUUCGUAGGGUGCAGCCCCAGAGGGCUGUUUGUGUUCUGGACUCUGGAUUAACAGGUAUUCUUAGUAAGGAAGACUACACAGACAAUUGGAGGGAGGUAAAUGAUUUGACUGAGAAGCUGAAUGAAGGUGACAUUGUAGCUUGUAGAAUCAGGUCAAUUCUUAAGAACCGAUACCAGGUUUUUCUAAGUUCCAGAGAGAGUGAGAUGAGUAGUGAUAGGUAUCAGAAUCAUCGAAAUUUAGAUCCAUACUAUCACGAGGAUCGUAGCCAGUUGGUGGGUAUUCAAGAUAAUAUUGCUCGUAAGCAGAAGGAGCUGGCCAAAAAGCAUUUUAAGCCACGGAUGAUAGUUCAUCCCCGCUUCCAGAAUAUUACAGCUGAUGAAGCUAUGGAGUUCUUAUCGGACAAGGAACCUGGUGAAAGUAUUGUCCGUCCUAGUUCUCGCAGUCCUUCGUAUUUGACACUGACAAUCAAAAUUUAUGACGGGGUUUAUGCUCACAAGGACAUCGUCGAAGGUGGUAAGGACAACAAGGACAUAACUAGCAUGCUUCGUAUUGGCAAAACUUUGAAAAUCGGUGAAGACACGUUUGAAGAUUUAGACGAGGUGAUGGAUCGGUAUGUUGAUCCAUUAAUAGCUCAUUUAAAAACUAUGUUAAGCUACCGCAAGUUUAAGAAAGGCAGUAAAGCAGAAAUUGAUGAGUUUUUAAGAUCUGAGAAAGCUGAUUAUCCCGCAAGAAUCGUCUAUUGCUUUGGCAUAUCCCAUGAACAUCCAGGAACCUUUAUAUUGACAUAUAUAAGGAGUACAAAUCCGCAUCACGAGUAUAUUGGCAUGUACCCAAAGGGAUUUAAGUUCCGUAAAAGGAUGUUCGAGGACAUUGAUCGCCUCGUAGCAUACUUCCAAAGACAUAUUGAUGAUCCACAUGACCUGGCUCCAUCAAUCCGGUCGGUUGCUGCAAUGGUUCCAAUGCAAAGUUCUGCACCUGGGGGAUCUUCUGGUGGUUGGAGUGGUUCCAACAGCAAUGAUGGUGGUUGGAGAGGCCAGGCCAUGGACCGUGAUAGAAAUUCUAGUAUGGGUGCUAGAACAGGCAGGGGAGAUUACACACCCGGUGGCCGUCAUGAUAGACAUCCUAGUGGGUUACCAAGGCCAUAUGGAGAUCGGGGCCAGGGUAUGCACAAUAAUAAUGGCAGAAGAGUUGGUGCUAGCAAUGAGAGGCAGGAUGCAGAUUUUGGAAAAAGAAGUGAUGAUGGAUUGGAAAAUUUUCCUGGUGCCAGGGUUCAAAAUUCACCAGGAAAGGGGGCUUUUCCUGGUAGUUGGGGUAAGCCGUGGUGAUGGUUGAGGUUCUAAGGUGAAAAUGGACUGAAUUAUUGCUGUCGGGUUAGCUGUAGGUGAUCAAUGUGGGUUUGGUUUCAGGUCGCAGUAAUUUGGUUCAUUUCAACAGUCUUAUGUUGUAACUUAAUAGACACUUGAAACUAGCCACCGUUUUGAAGUUUGUAAUCCUUUGUUGGCUGCAUUCUGUAAUAUGCAAGCUGUUUUUAUUUUCUGAGCGUUAUUGCAGGUAGUGUGGUCUGAAAAAAUGAUAAACCCCUUAACAUUAUUGUUACCCUAUCUUCUUUUUUUAGUGACAAUUUAGUCUGCUUUAAUGA